UUUCCUACAAGGGAAUAACGACUGGAGAAUCUUGAUUGGAGAUUGUUGCAUAUUAUCAGAGUCAAAGCGCAAGUCAAAACGUGAACGUGUGCAUUAAACAUUUCCUAAGCGCUUUGUUCCGGUUUGUGCGAUAAGCAUGGUGCAGAUCUCUCCGGCAAACCGUGCCAUGCGUCUCUCGUCCAACAUGGCGACCGGCAAGGGGCUAGCUGUGAUUUUUCGACCGAAAACUAUUAGCUUUAUCAGUAAUAACAAAUUAAAUAAAUUGUCCUGCAAUGCUCUACAACAUUGCAAUGUGUGUCAACGGCAUGUGGCAACUAUCGCGUCAACUGUCAGCAAGUGGGACUGCGGAAAAGUGGAAAAAAAUAAUAUAGGAAGGAUAGUUCAACCACAUAGGUCCAUAUAUUUAACUAAUAAAUUAUUAAAACGUAACUACUAUGAGAUCUUAGGUGUCUCAAAAAAUGCAUCUGCAAAAGACAUAAAGAAAGCUUAUUACGAGCUUGCUAAAAAAUAUCAUCCUGAUACGAAUAAAGGAGAUCCAAAUACUGGUAGAAAGUUUCAAGAGGUCUCUGAAGCUUAUGAAGUAUUGAGUGAUGAGAGCAAGAGAAAAGAAUAUGAUACAUGGGGUGCUACUUCUGAGCAAAUGGGAAUGGGAGGAAUGGGUCAGAAGGCUAAAAAUUACAAUCAUUGGCAAUAUAGAUCCACUAUUAAUGCAGAGGAGUUGUUUAGAAAAAUAUUUGGUGAUGCUGGAUUCCAAAGUGGUGCUUUUACUGAUUUUGACGACUUUGCAGAAUCAAAAUAUGGUUUUGGAGCAGCUCAAGAAAUUAUAAUGAAUUUAACGUUUUCUCAAGCUGCUAGAGGUAUAAAUAAAGACAUUGAUAUAAAUGUGAUAGAUGUUUGCCCAAAGUGCGACGGUUCACGCUGUGAACUUGGCACUAAGCCAGGAAAAUGUUUUUAUUGUAAUGGUACAGGAGUAGAAACAAUAAGUACAGGUCCUUUUGUAAUGAGCUCAACUUGUCGAUAUUGUCAAGGUACAAGAGUAUACAUCAAAUUUCCUUGCAACAAUUGUGACGGAAAAGGACAAGCGGUGCAACGUAAGAGAGUGACAGUACCAGUUCCAGCUGGUGUAGAGGAUGGCCAAACGAUUCGUUUAGCAGUGGGAAGGAAGGAAGUAUUUGUAACAUUCCGUGUGGAGAAGUCUAGAUACUUCCGUCGGGACGGAGCCGACGUACAUACCGAUGCAGAAAUUUCACUCGCGCAAGCUAUACUUGGUGGCACGAUAAGGGUGGAAGGUGUAUAUGAGGAUCAGACUAUACAAAUAGCACCGGGUACAUCGUCCCACACGCGCGUUCGUCUAAGUGGCAAGGGGUUGAAGAAGAUUAAUGGAGUAGGUUAUGGGGACCAUUACGUGAACAUUAAGAUAACUGUUCCUAAAAAACUAACUGACAAGCAGCAGGCAUUAUUACAAGCAUAUGCUGAACUUGAAACUGAUACCCCUGGCAGCAUAUUUGGUGUGACAAAUAAGACAGAUGGUACAAAACAAUGCUAUACAGGUCCGUUACACUUAGUAGAAUCUAUACGAAUAGCGCUAGGAAAUACGUCUGAUCGGAAAAAACAGUCUUCAUCCUCUGAGAUCGAGCAUCCAGGAGACAAACUUAUAGAUAACAAGUCCGUAUAUGCUACCAAAGAUACAUCGAAUGCCAAUGGAAAAAAUGAAGCAGACGUCGAAACGAAACGACAGAAAAUGCCCUGAGGAUGCUACCACGAAUAGUUAACGAUCUGUAGUAAUCUAGGUCCUAGAUGUUGCUCCGUUACACUGCUGAUAAGUAUGAGAACAUACGUGCGCUAAUAUCAGUACUACAAAUGGGAAUUCUAAGGAACACUUAUAUACUUUCCAUCAAGAUGAAGAAAACAAGUACGAAAAUUACAUAAUUUACUGAACAUACUGACAUAAUUACAAAUGAGCAAGUGAAGUCAGUCUGGUAUCGUUUACAUGAUCUAAUUGUACAGUCGUAUAUUAUAGAUUAUACAUUUCUUCAUUUGUUACGUUUAUGAACGCAAUCAAAUAAAGAUACAUGAAGAUACAAA